CGGAGGACUUGCUCUCCACCGCCGCCCGCGGAGCGCGGGAAGGCUGGCGGCCAUGGCGUCCCCGGGCGCCGCGUGUCGCAACUGGUGUCUGUUUCCCGAGGUGCCGUCCGCCACCUUCUUCACGGCGCUGCUCUCGCUGCUCGUGUCCGGACCUCGCGUGUUCUUGCUGCAGCCGCCCCUGGCACCCUCGGGGCUGUCGCUGCGAUCCGAGGCCCUGCGCAACUGGCAAGUCUACAGGCUGUUCACCUACAUCUUUGUCUACGAGAACCCGGUGUCCCUGCUGUGCGGCGCCAUCGUCAUCUGGCGCUUCGCCGGCAACUUUGAGAGGACGGUGGGCACGGUGCGCCACUGCUUCUUCACCCUCAUCUUCGCUGUCUCCUCUGCCAUCAUCUUCCUGUCGUUCGAGGCCGCGUCAUCGCUGUCCAAGCUGGGCCAGGUAGAGGACGCCUGUGGCUUCACGCCGGUCGCCUUCGCCAUGCUGGGCGUGACUUCGGUGCGCUCCCGCAUGCGGCGGGCCCUGGUGUUUGGUGUGGUGGUGCCCUCCUUCCUGGUGCCCUGGCUGCUGCUCGCCGCCUCUUGGCUCAUCCCCCAGACCUCCUUCCUCAGCAACGUGUGCGGGCUCUGCAUCGGGCUCUCAUAUGGCCUCACCUACUGCUACUCCCUCGACCUCUCGGAGCGAGUCGCCCUGAAGCUCGACCAGAAGUUCCCCUUCAGCCUGAUGAGGAAGAUAUCCCUGUGCAAGUACAUCUCAGGGUCCGUGGCCGAGCGGAGGGCGGCCCAGAGCCGGAAGUUGAACCCUGUACCUGGCUCCUAUCCCACUCAGAGCUGCCACCCUCACCUGUCCCCCGGCCGCCCUGUCACCCAGAUGCAGCACACCAGCAGCCAGAAGCUAGCCACCUGGCCAGCCUGCGCCCCAGGUCACAUGCCCAGCCUGCCUCCCUACCAGCCCACCUCUGGCCUAUGCUAUGUACAGAACCACUUCGGUUCAAUCCCCAACUCCUCAGCCGUCGACCCAGCCUCCGCGGGGAUCUCCUUGGGGGUCCAGCCCCCCACCCCCGCCACUGUCCCCGGCUCAGUGUAUUCUGGGGCUCUGGGCCCCGCAGGGGUUGCAAGCACCAAGGAGUCCUCCAGGGUCCCGGUGCCCUGAGAGAGUGAGGGGAGCUGUUCUUAGCACCGAUUGACUAACCGCCUCUCCAUGCCAGGUGAUGUGCGGUACUUGAAUUGGUGUCCUCGUUUCAGUGUGUGCUCCCGACCACUCCAUGUGAGGACAAAUGACCGUCCUCAUGCGCAGGGAUGCGCCCCGGUGUUGCUUGAGACGUGCCUGACCCUGUGGCUGCCCAGCUCCUGGCCCCAGGCUCCCCAGGGGCACACAUGGGAGAAGAGAGCGCGCUGGCGGUCGGUGGCUGCAGCUCUGUCUUUCUCCUGUCAUCGUUAUGUCAUCGUCAUGGUACAGUUGGUCUGUGGUGACUAUAUGUCUGUCAGUGACCCUGUCCUCUGGGAGUGACAAGCUGUGUCACAUGUCACACCCCGGCAUCCCGGUGGACCGUGGUGUUGCUCACGUUUGAAUAAAGAACUAGCCUCCAGCCUGCCUGUGGCCUGCGACUGCUUCAUGGUCUGGGGAAUGCAGGGCAAGCCAGGACCAUGAGCCCAUUCCCAGUGCAUCAAGUGGGGCAGAGUUUAAUGCAGUGAAUGGCAAAGACCCU